GGGACAUGUAGUUAAGUUGGCAGUGCUGCAGUGGUAGAAUAAUUGCACAGCAGUACAUGGCCGAGUCGGCGACUCGUGUUUUCACUCAUCAUCACUUAGUGCCAGGGCUUAUCGCUUGUAGUAUUGCAGCAGAAGUCGGGUAGGGUAUUGGACUGGCAGUUGCGAUGGCUGAAUAGAAGACGUUAGCCCUAGCCUUGGCCGGGAUGUCGGAUGUCGGAGGGUAGAUGUGGCUGUGGCUGUGGCACAUGUGAAUGGUGGAGUCGGGAAACAAGCUUACUCAGCUCUCAGCUUUAUGGAGAACAGGUGGCGGCAUGCUCGAGCCUGACAGUUGACAGUCAAGUUGCCAAUUUCAACUGUUGAACAGUAACACAGCAAUAUCAACUCGCAAACAUGAGAUUCGGACUGAUUGCAUCUCUUGCCCUGGCUGGCACUUCUGCUGCCUCGGCCGUCAUCGACCUCAUCCCCAAGAACUUCGACGACAUCGUCCUCAAGUCUGGAAAGCCCACUCUGGUCGAGUUCUUUGCUCCAUGGUGUGGCCACUGCAAGACUCUUGCCCCGGUCUACGAGGAGCUGGCCUCUUCGUUUGAAUUCGCAAAGGACAAGGUCACCAUCGCAAAGGUUGAUGCCGAUGCCAACAAGGAGCUCGGCCGCAGAUUCGGUGUCCAAGGCUUCCCUACCCUCAAGUGGUUCGAUGGGAAGAGCGACACUCCCUCAGACUACAACAGCGGCAGAGACCUUGAGAGUCUGUCUGCCUUUAUCUCCGAGAAAACUGGCCUCAAGCAGAAGAAGAAGGCCGCUGCUCCCAGCAACGUCGAGAUGUUGAACGACCAGACCUUCAAGACCGAGAUUGGCGGUGACAAGGAUGUCAUCGUUGCCUUCACCGCCCCUUGGUGUGGACACUGCAAGACCCUCGCCCCUAUCUGGGAGAAGCUUGCCAACACUUUCUCAAACGAACCCAAUGUUCUCAUCGCCAAGGUUGACGCUGAGGCCGAAAACGCAAAGGCCACUGCUCAGAAGCAGGGCAUCAAGGGCUACCCUACCAUCAAGUUCUUCCCCAAGGGUUCCACCGAGCCCGUCACCUACGAGGGUGGUCGCUCCGAGGACGCUCUCGUCAAGUACAUCAACGAGAAGGCCAGCACUCACCGCACCGUUGGGGGUGGUCUCGACAUCACUGCCGGAACCAUUGCCGCUCUCGACAGCUUCGUCUCCAAGUACACCAGCGGUGGUGCUCUUGAGACCGUGCAGAAGGAGAUCUUGGCUGCCUCUGAGAGCAUCAAGGACACCUACGCUCAGUACUACGUCAAGGUCUUCGACAAGCUUGCUCAGAACCCCGGCUACGUUGAGAAGGAGUCCAAGAGACUCAACAGCCUGCUCAAGAAGGGCGGUCUUGCCCCCGAGAAGGUGGACGACUUGACCAAGCGCAGCAACAUCCUCAGCAAGUUUGUUGCCAAGGUCCAGAGCGUCAAGGAGGAGCUUUAA